AUGCAAUUUCACCAUUCCGAUCCCAUGAAAUCUGCAACAGGGUCUCCAAGUAUGCAUGAAAUAGAUGAGCAUAUCUAUAUUGGAGACUAUACAAGUGCAGAAGACUAUCAGAACCUAAAACGCAGCGGGAUCACUCAUAUAGUUGAGCUCUUCACAGUCCCUACCCCUACGGAAUUUCGAGCGGCAUUCAAUUACUGUUCGGUUCCAGUUCCUAGAGGAAAAAACUACACAAUUAUCCCAGCUAUCCAAGAAUCUUUGAAAUUUAUCCACAAAGUAGUGUGCCGUGGAGAGAAAGUGCUGGUCCAUUGUAAGUUCGGACGAAAUCGAAGUGUCUCAGUAGUCAUUAGAUUCAUUAAAAUGGCGUGGCGAACCAACUCACCCUCUUAGCACCUGUAGCUGGGAUACCAGGAUCUUAUGGAAGAGAGGAUGACCUUAGGUGAUGCAUAUCCGCCAGGUUUUACUUGUUUGGGUGGAGCGCAAAGUCGUAUUUGGUCGACCGCAGCUUAUUUCCGUUUGAAGGUUUUAACUCAUGGUGGAGAUGGGCUUGGUGUUGGAAAGGGAAAGCCCAGCUAGUUUAAGUCACCAAUCGGGCAAUUUCCUAGCGCGAUACCAGACGUUGCGUUCUGGUGACGAAUUCCAUCUUAAUAGACAGCUUGACCAGAAAAUCCAUUUUAAGAAUUUUCUGGAAGGGCAACCCAAGUCUGACGCGAGGCACGAUGACUUAGCCUACACCACUCGCAGUUCGACGCAAGCCUCAGGCGACGAGGAGUUUACACCUAAGGGUGGCAUAAGGCGGCCCAACAACGGGUCAAAAGUGGAGAAGCACUCCAUACGGAUGCUGCAGGGAGCUUUUCAAUAUAACUGCCCCCCCCCCCCUCCGUGAGCGAACAAAAAAAUUUUGUUCGCUCACGGAGGGGGGUUAAUUUUUUUUUUAAAAAAAAAUAUAUAUAUAAAUUUUAUAAAAAAUAUUUUUUUCGAAAUUUAAAAAAAUCCUAAUUUGCAAAAAUUGGGAAGCAAAUAUUAAUUUAAUUUGCAAAAUUUAUGUUUUAAAACGCAAUUUGUUUAAAAUUAAACAGAAUUAGCUCUAGAUUUCAUUAUACUAAUUAUCACUUAUAUAUCAAAAUUUUUUUCCAUUAAAAUUUUUUCUAUUAAAAAAAUUUUUGUUCACUCACGGAGGGUGGGUUUUUGGUCAAAAAAUGGCGAUUUUUCUAAUGGUUUUGUUCGCUCACGGAGGGGGGGGGGAGUAAGUUAAACUAACUAACUUAGUAGUCAUUGCCUACUACAUGGCAGCGAAAGGCUGGUCAUAUAGAGAAGCCUUAGAUGUAAUAUUAAAGAAAAGAGAGUGUGUGAAGCCAAAAAUCAUUUUAAAACAACAAAUUGAAUCAGUCCAUGAAGAAUUGGCAGGUUACAUUGAAUUUGAUAAAGAAUAA